CUAACCCGUAGUCCGAUACAGGCAUUACAUGCAGAUGAUUUCCACGUCACUGAUCGUUUUGCGUUAUACAAUUAAAGAUGAAGGCGCGACAAAUUGAAUACGAUAAAAAUUUCUGUGAGAAGAAAUUUCUGUGGAGAUACUUGUAUUUCUUUCUGAUAUGAGGGAUCUGUCUUUAUUGCAGGAAUUUCUAGUGUCACUAUAAUUGUGUGAAAUUUAUUCGCCUUUAUACAAAACUUCGUAUUUUACAGGCGAUGAGCAUGGCGAGAGGAGCAAAACUAGUCUUUGGUAGAGUGAGUGUUUUAAAAGAACGCUUAUUUUCACCUAAAAAUUUAUUAUAUACAAAUGUAGGAAUAUCAAUUUUUCUAUCUGGUGCCGGAGAUGUUAUAGAGCAGCAUUAUGAAAUAUUGAAGGGUCAGUGGGACAGGUGGAGUUUUACCAGAACAAGAAACAUGGCCAUAUCCGGUAUGUCUAUUGGGAUACUCUGCCAUUACUGGUACAAUUUCCUGGACGCCAAAAUGAUUGGACGUACCCUCGGUAUAGUUCUAAGAAAGGUGGUUAUAGAUCAAUUGAUUUGUUCACCUUUUUGCAUAAGUGUCUUUUUCUUGACAUUAGCUCUGCUAGAGAACAGCAGUCUGGCAGAACUGAAGGAAGAAAUCCGAACAAAAGCACACAGACUGUAUAUAGCUGAGUGGAUCAUAUGGCCUCCAGCGCAAAUCAUUAAUUUCUAUUUCCUUCCCACGCGAUACCGAGUGCUCUAUGACAAUACGAUAUCCCUUGGCUAUGACAUAUACACGAGCCAUGUGAAACACAACACGUAAACAAGCCGAUGAUAAUCAGCAAUGGUUACUGUCGCACUGACUAGUUGAAUUUGCAAAAUUAUCAACGUAAAACACUUUAGGUAACAAAUUAAAUAAAAUUCCCAUUGUUCAACAGGAGUUUCACUUUUAUCACGACUCUUGCUCCCGCAAGAACCAAGAUUUUCACGGUUUCUCUACAAUGACACGUUUACAACAGUGUAUUUAAUUAGAUGCAUUAUGUAUUACACAUGUACGUAUAUUGCAAUUUUAAAUUGGACAAUUUUAUAAAAUUGUGAAACACGUGGAUUACAAAUAAGACAUGACAUAUAAAAUAAAUAAACU